GUGCUGCCGCUGCUGCCGCCGCCGCCGCCGCCGCCGCCUCCGGCUCCUCGCUCGGCCCCUCUCCGCCUCCAUGUGCCGGAUAGCGGGAGCGCCGCGGACCCUGCUGCCGCUUCUGGCGGCCCUGUUUCAGGCGUCUGUGGCGGCUUCUGGUGAAAUUGCAUUAUGCAAGACUGGAUUUCCUGAAGAUGUUUACAGUGCAGUCUUACCAAAGGAUGUGCAUGAAGGACAGCCUCUUCUCAACGUGAAAUUCAGCAACUGCAAUAGAACAAGGAAAGUUCAGUAUGAAAGCAGCGAACCAGCAGAUUUCAAGGUGGAUGAGGAUGGCACGGUGUAUGCUGUGAGAAGCUUCCCUCUUUCUGCAGAGCAGGCAAAGUUCCUGAUAUACGCCCAAGAUGAAGAGACCCAGGAAAAGUGGCAGGUAGCCGUAAACCUGAGCCUGGAGCCAACCCUGCCUGAGGAGCCUGUGAAGGACCCACAUGAAAUUGAAGAGAUAGUAUUCCCCAGACAACUCGCCAAGCACAGUGGGUCCCUACAGAGGCAGAAGAGAGACUGGGUCAUCCCGCCAAUCAACUUGCCAGAAAACUCCCGAGGGCCCUUUCCUCAGGAGCUCGUCAGGAUCAGGUCUGAUAGAGAUAAAAACCUGUCCCUGAGGUACAGUGUCACUGGGCCAGGAGCAGACCAGCCUCCGACGGGCAUCUUCAUUAUCAACCCCAUCUCAGGGCAGCUAUCAGUCACAAAGCCUCUGGAUCGAGAGCUGAUAGCCCGGUUCCAUUUGAGAGCACAUGCAGUGGACAUCAACGGCAAUCAAGUGGAGAACCCCAUUGACAUCGUCAUCAAUGUGAUUGACAUGAAUGAUAACAGACCUGAGUUUCUGCACCAGGUUUGGAAUGGGUCUGUUCCGGAGGGAUCGAAGCCUGGGACGUAUGUGAUGACAGUCACCGCUAUUGAUGCAGAUGACCCAAAUGCCCUGAAUGGGAUGCUGAGGUACAGGAUCCUGUCCCAGGCUCCCAGCACCCCUUCACCCAACAUGUUUACAAUCAACAAUGAGACUGGGGAUAUCAUCACUGUGGCAGCUGGCCUGGAUCGAGAGAAAGUGCAACAGUAUACCUUAAUAAUCCAAGCCACAGACAUGGAAGGCAAUCCCACUUACGGCCUUUCGAAUACAGCCACAGCCGUCAUCACAGUGACAGAUGUCAAUGACAACCCUCCAGAGUUUACUGCCAUGACGUUCUACGGCGAGGUCCCUGAGAACAGGAUUGAUGUCAUUGUAGCCAACCUGACUGUCACUGACAAAGAUCAGCCUCACACGCCAGCCUGGAACGCAGUGUACAGAAUCAGUGGUGGAGACCCUACAGGGAGGUUUGCCAUCCAGACAGACCCCAACAGCAACGACGGGCUAGUCACUGUGGUAAAACCAAUUGACUUUGAAACGAAUAGGAUGUUUGUCCUCACUGUCGCUGCAGAAAACCAAGUGCCAUUAGCCAAGGGGAUCCAGCACCCUCCUCAGUCUACAGCGACUGUGUCUGUGACAGUCAUUGAUGUCAAUGAGAACCCUUAUUUUGCCCCAAAUCCUAAAAUCAUUCGCCAAGAAGAAGGCCUCCACGCAGGAACCAUGCUGACCACGCUCACUGCUCAGGACCCUGAUCGAUAUAUGCAGCAGAGUAUCAGAUACACAAAAUUAUCUGAUCCUGCCAAUUGGCUGAAAAUAGAUCCCGUGAAUGGACAGAUCACUACUAUUGCUGUUUUGGACAGAGAGUCGCCAAAUGUGAAGAACAACAUAUAUAAUGCCACCUUCCUUGCUUCUGACAAUGGAAUUCCUCCUAUGAGUGGAACGGGGACACUGCAAAUCUAUUUACUUGAUAUCAAUGACAACGCCCCUCAGGUGUUACCUCAAGAGGCCGAGACUUGUGAAACUCCAGAACCCAAUUCAAUUAACAUCACAGCACUUGAUUAUGACAUCGAUCCAAAUGCUGGGCCAUUUGCCUUUGAUCUUCCUUUAUCUCCAGUGACUAUUAAAAGAAACUGGACCAUCACCCGGCUUAAUGGUGAUUUUGCCCAACUCAACUUAAAGAUAAAAUUUUUAGAGGCUGGUAUCUAUGAAGUUCCAAUCAUUAUCACAGAUUCAGGGAAUCCCCCCAAGUCCAAUAUUUCCAUCCUGAGAGUGAAAGUUUGCCAGUGUGACUCCAACGGAGACUGCACAGAUGUGGACCGGAUCGUGGGUGCAGGGCUCGGCACGGGCGCCAUCAUCGCCAUUCUGCUCUGUAUCAUCAUCCUGCUGAUCCUUGUUCUCAUGUUUGUGGUAUGGAUGAAACGCCGGGAUAAAGAGCGCCAGGCCAAGCAGCUUUUAAUUGACCCGGAAGAUGACGUAAGAGAUAAUAUACUAAAAUAUGACGAAGAAGGCGGAGGAGAAGAAGACCAGGACUACGACUUGAGCCAGCUCCAGCAGCCGGAUACUGUUGAGCCUGAUGCCAUCAAGCCCGUAGGAAUCAGACGGCUAGACGAGAGGCCCAUUCACGCUGAGCCACAGUACCCAGUCCGAUCUGCAGCCCCACACCCUGGGGAUAUCGGAGACUUCAUUAAUGAGGGCCUUAAAGCCGCUGACAACGACCCCACAGCCCCGCCCUAUGACUCCCUCUUAGUCUUCGACUAUGAGGGCAGCGGCUCCACAGCUGGCUCCUUGAGCUCCCUCAACUCCUCCAGCAGCGGCGGGGACCAGGACUAUGAUUACCUGAAUGACUGGGGACCCCGCUUCAAGAAGCUGGCUGACAUGUACGGUGGCGGCGACGACUGAACGGCAGGACGGACUUGGCUUUUGGACAAGUACGAACAGUUUCACCUGAUAUUCCCAAAAAGCAUACAGAAGCUAGGCUUUAACUCUGUAGUCCACUAGCACCGUGCUUGCUGGAGGCUUUGGCGUAGGCUGCGAACCAGUUUGGGCUCCCAGGGAAUAUCAGUGAUUCAACACUGUCUGGAAAACACCGAGCUCGGCUACACUUGAAUUUUACAGUACAGAAGCACUGGGAUUUUAUGUGCCUUUUUGUACCUUUUUCAGAUUGGAAUUAGUUUUCUGUUUAAGGCUUUAAUGGUACUGAUUUCUGAAACGAUAAGGAAAAGACAAAAUAUUUUGUGUCGGGAGCGGAAAGUUAAACGUGAUAUGCUUCAACACACUUUUGUUACAAUGCAUUUGCUUUUGUUAAGAUACAGAAUGAAACAAACAGAUUUAAAAAAAAAAAUUAACUCAUGGAGUGAUUUUGUUACCUUGGGGUGGGGGGGAAAA